ACCAAAAAAAAAUUGGAUAUUAGCAACGUUUAUCAGUUCAUUUACACAGUUACUGUACUUAUUGGUUGCCUGACCGGUACGUACACUAAAGGCCGGACUUCUAGGGCAGUUGUGUGUCCGCCUGUUCCCGGGCUCCUGAUGAAGGUGUGCAGGUAAUACUUUGAGAGCCCCGUAAGACGCCAUGUCUGAAGAGGCAAUUUCAGAGAGCGACCUGGAGGCCAGCCUUAACAGUGAAGAGGAAUACUUGGAAAAUGAAGAAGACGAGGACAACGAGGACAUGGACGAAGAUGAGGAUGAAAAUGAUGGAGAUGAUGAAGAUGAUAGUGUUGACCGACCCGGGAGCGCCCAGAGCCAAACAGAAACGGCUCAGGAUGGCAGGGACUCCACCUCAGCUACCUCCGGAGAGCCUUCCUCUGAGCCUCCGUCUCAGCCUGCGUCCCGCCCGUCCUCCAGGGCUCCCUCCAGACCUGCCUCUCGUUCUCAACCUCCGACCAGCCCCGAGAACUCAAGCCAGAGCAAGCCACCUUCCAGCAAAGCAAAGAAACAAAAAGCCUCUAAACUAACCAAAUCCUCCAAGUCUUCAAAAGGCUCCAAACCUUCCAAGCCAUCUAAGCCUGCACACAUGAGGAAGAAUAUCAGAAAGUUGCUGAAAGAUGAUCAGCUGGAGGCUGGGACCAAGGCUGCUCAGCAGGAGGAGAUGGAGAGGCGGAAACGUCUGGAGCAGCAGAGGAAGGACUUUCCUACACCGGCCCCAGCUGUUCCCGACUCUCAACUAGUGGACCCUGCUUCGAUUUUAGGAGAAGUAUCUCACUUGGUCCCUGGUCUCCUGAGCAAGCAGGAUGUGAUCUGUCUGGACAGCAGCGGUGAGGAGGAUGAAAAAGUGGAGCCUAAGUUGCCCACACUUGCCCUUGGAGACGACGUAAUCGAGCUCAGUUCUGGGGACGAAGACGCCCUGCAGAUAAGCAGCGAGUCAGCGGAUGAGGAUGCUGAUGGUGCGCCGGGCUCAGAGGAGAGCAGCGGAGCGCACAUCAACGACGCUCUGAACCUGCCCGAUGCUCAGGGUCAAGUCCUGGUUAACAUCAAUCACCCUGCAGAGGAGAAAGACAUUUACCUCGCCCCACAGCUGGCCAGAGCUGUGAAACCUCACCAGAUCGGAGGAAUUCGGUUCCUGUAUGACAACCUCAUCGAGUCUUUGGAGCGGUAUAAGACCAGCAGUGGCUUUGGCUGCAUCCUGGCUCACAGUAUGGGGUUGGGCAAAACACUACAGGUUAUUUCCUUCAUUGACAUCCUGCUGAAGAAUACUGAGGCGCACACUGUGCUGGCCAUUGUCCCUGUAAACACGCUACAGAACUGGCUGACGGAGUUUAACCUGUGGCUCCCACCUCAAGAAGCCCUUCCCCCCGACACUGACCCCACACUCGUCACUGGCCGCACAUUCAAAGUUCACAUUCUCAACGACGAGCACAAAACGACACUGGCCAGGGCCAAGGUCGUGGAGGACUGGUCCAGAGAUGGAGGCGUGUUGCUGAUGGGCUAUGAGAUGUACCGCCUGCUGUCCAUGAAGAAGAGCUUCGUGAUGGGAAAGAAGAGGAAAUCAAAGAAGCCUGCUGGGCCAAUCAUCAUUGACCUGGAUGAAGAAGAUAGACAGCAGGAGCUCAUGAAAGGUAUUGAAAAGGCCAUAGCACGGCCUGGCCCAGACGUGGUCAUCUGUGACGAGGGUCAUCGCAUUAAGAACUACCACGCCAGCACAUCCCAGGCCCUGAAGAACAUCCGUUCCCGGCGCCGCGUGGUUCUGACAGGUUACCCGCUGCAGAACAACCUUAUCGAAUACUGGUGCAUGGUGGACUUUGUUCGGCCCGACUUUUUAGGCACACGGCAGGAGUUCAGCAACAUGUUUGAGCGUCCCAUUCUGAACGGCCAGUGUGUGGACAGCACGCCUCAAGACGUCCGCCUGAUGCGCUAUCGAAGUCACGUGCUGCACAGCCUGCUGGAGGGUUUUGUCCAGAGACGAGGUCACGAUGUGCUGCGAGAUCAACUUCCAACCAAGGAGGAGCAUGUGAUCCUGGCGCGGCUUUCUCCAGUUCAGAGGGCGCUGUACACCGAGUUUAUGAAACGCUUUCGUGAAGCGGGGAACAGCGGCUGGCUCGGCCUCAACCCACUCAAAGCCUUCUGUGUGUGCUGCAAGAUCUGGAAUCACCCCGACGUCCUCUAUGAAGCCUUGCAGAAGGAGAAUCAGGCCAACGAACAGGACCUGGACUUAGAUGACAUGACUUCGGCCGGUAACCCUCGCUGCCCUGCACCCGGUGCUGGCCUCAAAGCCAAAGUAGCAGACUCAAGCAACAGCAAAGUCAACAGCACCCCCCUGCCGCCACUUAACGCCUCUCAGGAUCGAGCCAAUCAAGUCAUCACAUAUGAAUGGGCAAAGGACAUAAUGUCAAACUACCAGACAGGAGUUCUCGAGAACUCUGCCAAGAUGGUUCUGCUUUUCCAUUUGAUUGAUGAGAGUGUGAAGAGAAGAGAUAAGAUUUUGGUCUUUAGCCAAAGCUUGUCCACCCUGACGGUCAUUGAGGACUUCUUAUCAAAGAGACCCAUGCCGCAAGGCAUCGCCUCCACUGACAGCCAGAGCCAAAACUGGGUUCGCAACCUCAAUUACUACAGACUGGAUGGGAGCACAUCGGCCUCAGAAAGGGAGCGACUCAUCAAUCAGUUUAAUGACCCAGAGAACACCUCAACAUGGGUCUUCCUCUUAUCUACCAGAGCGGGCUGUUUGGGGGUAAAUCUGAUCGGGGCCAAUCGCGUUGUUGUGUUCGAUGCGUCCUGGAACCCCUGCCAUGACGCCCAAGCGGUGUGCAGGGUUUACCGAUACGGCCAGAGGAAGCCCUGCUACAUUUACCGCCUCGUCUGUGACUUCACGUUGGAGAAGAAGAUCUAUGACAGACAAGUGUCCAAACAGGGCAUGUCUGACCGUGUGGUUGACGACCUGAACCCAGUGCUGAACUUCACUCGUAAAGAAGUGGAGUCGCUGCUGCACUUUGUGGAGGAGGAGCCUGAGUCAGAGAAGAUCAGUCCGGAGUCUCAGGGGGAGUUUGAGGCAGUGAUAUUACAAGCUUGUCAACUUUACCCAAACCUCAUCACCAAGCAACCUUUCCACCAUGAGUCUCUGCUGGUGGACCGGAAGGAGUCGAAACUGACCAAAGCAGAGAAGAGAGCUGCCAAGAAGAGCUAUGAGGACGAGAAACGAGCCUCCGUGCCCUACUCCCGCCCGUCGUACGCCCCCUACUACCCAACCAGUGAACACGCGCUCGCAAACAUACCAGCAUUUAACCAACGAGGCUGGCGCCCCAUGACACGGCCGGAUGACAAGCCCGUGGCGAGCGUCAGGCCCAUCCAGUCGACCCCAAUCCCCAUGAUGCCUCGCCAGGUUGGCAUGGGCAUGGCUGGCUCCAGCUCUGCCGGCAGCCUGCCUGUCAACUUCCUGCAGAAAGCUGGCGUUUAUGUGCAGAGGAUUGUCACCACAACGGAUAUUGUAAUACCAGGAGCCAACAGCACGACGGAUGUUCAAGCUCGAAUCAGCGCCGGAGAGAGCAUCCAUGUUAUCAGAGGAUCUAAAGGUACCUACAUCAGGACGAACGAUGGAAGAAUUUUUGCUAUUCGAUCCGGAAAGAUCAGCAGACCAGUAGUAGGAGGUUCUGCUGCUCCGAGAGACGCCGCCGGUUCCCUGAUCCAUCCAGUCAGUAACGGCUGUUCAUCCCCCGUGGAUCAGCAGCAGCGCUCUCCCAACGGCGAGCAGCGUCCCUCCUCUCCCUUGAGCACCGAGAUUCUCCGAGAGCUCAGCCGCUACACUUCCUCCACAAGUGACGCCGGCGGCGGCAUGGGAAACGAGUUGCCGUCGCCGUCGGACGCUUCGUCUGUGUCAGCGGGAGAUGGAGGCAGUUCACAGAACUAUCAGACCGGUGAUCUCAGCAGGCAGCUCGGUGAAGAUCUCCUGAGCUCAGCGUUAGAGAUGCGAGGGGGUAAACGCAAGAGUACUGAAAGCCAGAGCAACACACAAACAGGAGGCAAGCGUCCUUCUGCUGCCAGCCAUUUCCCCGGGCUGUCCAUGGGCUCCAGUGGGCUCAGUUUUCCUCCCGUGGGUCUGAACUCUUCCUCCCUUCUGGGGAACCUCGGUCACAUGAGUCACCCACUGCUGAUGGCUGGUAGCGGUGGGUCGUCAUUCCUUCAAACACCAGGACAAACACUGGCUGACCUACAGACCAUGUUCCCCUCUGCCGGAGCAGACCUACUGAGACAACCUGCCACAGGAAACGGCCACCUUCCCACCCCCUCUUCGUCCUCUCUGCCCACCGUUUUCUCCUCCGCUUCCACCACCAUUCCCAUGUCAUCCACACCCUCAGCAGCAACCUCUUCCUCCCUAACGCCAGGCUCUCUGCCUUCAUACUUGAUGAACCCCAACAUGGCCGGCCUGCUUUCAUCCAGUUUCCCUCUCAACUACAGCCAGUCGUUGCUCUCUGAGUCGAGGAUGUUCCCCUCCCCUCUCCUCUCGGGGUCGGGGGGAUUCUCUGCCCCUAACUCAAGCUCUACCACAUCCAGCUUUCUCUCCCAUUUCAACAAUCCAACUUCCAGCCUGUUGGGGGCAGCUCUGACCCAACCGGACAGACAUCCGAGUGCGGAGAAUGGCGGCGACAGUUCUGAUGACGACGUCAUAGAGGUGACAGGACAGUAGAGUCUCAAAGAGUCCCAGAGAGGCACCGUUACACACAAUCCACCAUCGAAAGCACAUUAGGAAUGGGAAUAAUGACAUGUUUAAACAUCUAAAUGCUGUUGCAGUCGCCACCCUGACCUCUGAAUUUGCUGCGUUCUUGCUGCAUUGUUACAUCCUGAAUGUCUGAAAGCAAAUCAGCUCAGAAGAAAAAAAAAAAAGAAACUUUGCAAUGAUUAGAUGACUGGACAUCUAAAAAAAUGAAUAAAUAAAAUUUCUCAGGAAGUAAAAUUAGUUGAUCCUUAUCACCUACAAAACAGUAAAAUUGGCCAACUUUAUGAUAAAACUAUGUGUGUUUUGACCGUUUAUCAGCACUUGAACACCUUCUAUUGUUCAAUCAUUACUGAAAUAAAUUCCCGUUCCUAAUGUGCUCGUUAAACUUCGCAAACACACACGGACUCUCACCGGCAAACGAGAGAAUCAUCUUGUACCUUAACGACUGAACAAAGUCAAGAGUAACAAAAUCCUAAUGCUGAAUAAUCCCAGACUUGUUCAGCUGGAGCACCAGAGCAGUGGGAACAGACCUUUGUCAUACGGGGACCAGCUGAACCUUUCAGGGGCUGCGAGGAGCCUCUUCUGCUUCAUUUCUGAGCAAGGCCUCGUCGCGCCGUCUGUUCUGUUUUUUUGGUUGGUUGGUUUUUUUUCCUCUCUGACUUCAGACGGAGUGGCGUGAUUAAAACUGCUUCAUGUUGGAUUUUCUCUGAUAUAUUGCUGUGAAAAGGCUGAGUGCAAACAGCCACACUCACCUGCUGAGAACUCGUCCGCUCGCUCGAGCAACUGGAACGCUACAACAAACAGAAACUGAAAGCAGCUAACAGGAUCUUCACGUUUUUGUCCAAACCUACAAUAUAUUUAGAGAAAAUCCUUCAAGGCUUGUCUUUAACAACAGAAGUUUUAGGCUUUCAGAGCAUAUUUUAGUCUUUAGCAGUUUGAUAGACAUCGUAGCAUCCCCUGUUGAGAGGACGUUAGUGUGAUCCUGUACCUGAACAUGUUGAUAUUUUGUAAAUAACAGUCAUUAUAAUUGUUUAUAUUGCAAGUCAAUACUGUGCAGUGUGUAGACUUUGGUUGUAGAGGGAUGGUUUAUUAUUACAGACUAUCACCAUCAUAAACACGCCCCGGCAUAGACGCAGGGGAAACCGAUUUAUGUUCAACGUUACGAGUUUUCCUUUAAAACUAAAAUGAAUGUACUUUCAUGGUUAGCCUUUUGACGACACAGGGGGCAGGGACAUGGAUUCGGACUGUGUUCUUUCAUUUUUAGCCUUAAACAACACAAAGGGGUCUUGAGUCUUAGCAUUUAUCUUAGUACGUCCUUUUUACUAAAUCUGUUGGAAGAACUACUGACGCUUAGACAGUCAAAACACAAGUCGAAGGCAGAUUCAGCAAUGUGACUAAAAGCACCACGUGUGAAAGCCCAAAGGAGCUAAAACCAAGGUUCAGUGUUGCUAGCUCAGAAAAGCUCGUCGUGUCUCUUUUGUUACAGCUCUCUCCACCGUUUGUUGAAGUCGACCUACACCCGACGUGUAGUCUCGACUGUGGCGACGUUCUGAAGAUGUUUUCAGAAACUAGCCGAGAACAAACGUCACCUAAACUAUAGACAACAUCGCAUUCACGCAGCCCGAGAGGAUAAAACCUUUAGUCGAUGUAGCCGCCAGCCAUCCAACCAGAUACCCAUCAUUCGAGUAGAACCGCUUGUGACUGUGGCAGAACCGGGUCAGGAGAUGUGGUGGCCUUACCAAACUGACGGUGCCAUUCUGUGGUAGCUUCUCACCUAAACGCAGUGCAGUGUACGUAGCUUCUGUCAGUAGUGUCAGUCCGUGUAGGUUAUGCGGUGCUUUAGGGAGUUUAGGUCUUUGCUGUUCUCUGUAGCCCUGUGUUUCUGUGUUGUCAUGACACCUCGAGGUAGUUAGAUGUAGGAAAGUCACUUUCCUCCGUUGGUGAGCUAGACGCAGUGAUGAUUAGCCUUUAUAAAACACUGGAUAACCUGAGACAACAGAUCAUUCUCUUAUUUUGUUUCUUGCGGGGACCUUUUGCCCCCGCGGUUUGAGUACUGUUCACGUUUUAUUUGCUACUGGCUACUUCCCGGUCAUUACGGAUGCUUCAUUUCUGUCAAGGACGUUUUGGGAACUUGUGAUUUUGUUUGUUUGGAAGGUGGAGCGGCCACUUUGUGGAAGGAUCCUGUCUGCUUGUGAACUGUACAAGGUACAUCAUGCUGACCCCAUGUCUUUACUCUCAGCCUCCGCAGCGAGUUGGAAACAUCUUUUCUGUUUUUUCGGGAAUACUUCAUUUUUUAAUAAUGUUUUUUAUAACUUCUUAUUGGUGUUCACUCACCUGCCAGUCGUGUCCCUUAUUUCAGUCUACGUGUCUGAAAUUUUAUUUAUUUAUGAUGGAAAAUAUAUUGCUUUUGUAAUUCUGUUUUUUUAAAACUUUUUGUUCACUUUGACCCAUUAACGGCUGAUCCAGUAAGAAUUUCAUACAUGCAGCCUAAAUCGAAGCAAAAUAUGACUGUGUUAUCAAUGUUAUUUUAACAAUAAAACACUCUUCUAUGGCAGUGUGAA